UUCCCCCUCAAUAUUUAACCAAGUUGUCAGGUGAUUCAUGGCUGCGAGAUUCCGACUCAUACCAUUCUUCUUACCCAGUGUUACAAAGAAGAGAGUUAUCAACUCUUUCCGUUGUGGUUUUGUUUUCUGAACAAUGACUACUCUCAGCGAUGCAAAAGCGACUGAGUGCAUGAACGAUGAUUUGUCUACUGGCGUACCAAGCCAUUCCCGCGAUGAUCUCGAGAGGAAAUUGCUGAGGAAGCUCGAUUUACGUAUGUCUAUAAUUAUUGUUUUAUAUGCACUGAACUUUGUGAGUCUGAGCCAUCGGCGAAUUCUAUCGGUGUGCAACUUCGUACUUACUGCAUACCAUGGGCAGGUCGAUAGAGCGAAUGCUAGUAGUGCGCGGUUGGCAACUUUUGAGCAAGACUUGCACCUGCAGGGGAAUCAAUAUGCUAGGAUCUUGUCCAUAGUAUACGUGGGAUACAUCCUUAUGCAAGUGCCAGCGAAUAUGGUUCUGCACUGGUUAGAGAAACCAUCCAUCCUGAUUCCUGGUAGUAUGGUCAUCUGGGGCCUAGUAUCGACAUUAACAGGUUUUUACACGGGUAUUCUUCUAGCCCGUUUCUUUCUCGGCUUUGUAGAAGCCCCCUUUUACCCUGGCGUUCUUUAUCUGAUAUCUGGAUGGUACAAGCGAGAUGAGCUCGCUGUAAGAACGACUCUCGUCACUUGUGGAUCUGUUCUCGCCUCUGGGUUCGGAGCCGUGUUUGCAUCAGGUAUACUUACAGGCAUGCAGGGAAAACUUGGACAGGCUGCAUGGAGAUGGUUAUUUUACAUCGAGGGCGGUGCCACCAUUCUAGUUGCAAUUUGUGCAUUUUCCAUUCUUCCUGAUUUCCCGCACAACACCAAAUGGCUCACUCCGGAAGAAAGAGCACUCGCUAUUUCUCGCCUUGCAGCAGAUGGCACUGACGAGCUUGGGAAACGGACGACCAUGCAAGGACUGCGGGAUGCUGUAUGUGACUGGAAGGUGUGGUGGUUUUCGGUCGCACUCACUAUCCAGUUUGUGGCACUGUCAUUCGUCAUUUACUUCCCGACGAUCGUUGCAACCCUUGGAUAUGAUACAACGAACACUUUGCUGCUCUGCGCUCCUCCAUGGGUAUUCUCCACCAUAGUUGCAUUUGUUAUCUCAAGGUACUCUGAUAAGGCGCAAAAACGUUACGUAUUCCUUUUAGCCUCAAGUGCACUCGCUGGCGUUGGUUUCAUCAUAUCCAUCUGCACAAUGAACACAGCUGCGCGCUAUACUUCGGUUUUCCUCAUGGCUCAAAUCUCCGCUGCAUAUAUGGUGAUCUGGGGAUGGAUCAACAAUAUUUUCGCCAGAGAACCUGCCAAGCGGGCUGUUGCAAUCGCUUUGAUUAAUGGACUGUCGCAGACCGGGAAUAUCAUCGGAGCAUACGUCUGGCCGAUCAACUGGGGACCGACGUAUCGUUAUUCCUACGCCAUCUGCCUCGCAGCACUUGGGGGGUCAACAUCAAUGUUUGGUGUGAUGUAUUUGCAUUUGAAGCGGGUGAAUGAACGGAUUGAGAGGGAUGAGCGGAAUGCGAAGGAUAUAAACAACCUUCCAAACCCCGUUGGUUUUAGAUAUCUGGUGUAGUUGAUAAUUUCUGCGACUCUCGCGCACGCGGUGGUUCGGACAUGGGGAAUACUUUCAUCGGCUAAUGAGGUAUUCUGAC